UAUAUUACAUACGCCAACACUUUUUUACAACUAAAUAGUAGACUGCAUUUUUCCCUUUCGCAAUGAAGUAACUAAGUAAGGAGUGACCCGCGGGGGAGUGAAUUGACCGUGACUUUUCGCAGAGGAGAAAGCUGUUACCAACAAAGCAAUUGCUGCUGUGUCUACGGUGUGUAGCGGAUCACGACGGGGAUUUUUAAGAGCAUACAUUUACGUAUGUUGCCUCGGAAAUAAGUCACGCCGAUAAGAUGGACCUGAAACUACUUCUGAUUUCAACGUUGUUAGGAUUCAUUUGUUACAGCAGUGCUCAGCAAGAUGGGAACGAGUGCAUCAAGGCUAAUGCCAAAUCCUGUGGGGAGUGUAUUCAAGUGGGAGCAAAAUGUGGCUGGUGCAUGGACCCAGAGUUCCUGAAGCAGGGUGAGGCCACAUCGACCCGCUGUGACGAGCUGGAGUCCCUGAGGAAGAGAGGUUGCAGCUCCGCCAAGGUAGAGAACCCCCGAGGCAGCCAGCGGGUCCUGAAGGACAAGGUUGUGACCAACCGCAACAAGGGAGAAGGGAAUCUCCGACCAGAGGACAUCACACAGAUCCAGCCACAGAAACUCACCCUCAGCCUCAGAUCUGGUGAACCCCAGUCUUUUAACCUGAAGUUCAAACGGGCCGAGGAUUACCCCAUUGACCUCUACUACCUGAUGGACCUGUCCUACUCCAUGAAGGACGAUCUGGAAAACGUCAAGAACCUGGGAACACAUCUGAUGCUAGAGAUGUCAAAGAUCACGACUGAUUUUAAAAUCGGUUUUGGUUCCUUUGUAGAGAAGACGGUGAUGCCUUACAUUAGCACCACCCCAGCCAAGCUGCUGAACCCCUGUACUGGGGACCAGAACUGCACCAGUCCCUUCAGCUACAAGAACGUCCUGAAGCUGACCAGCAAUGGACAGGAGUUCAACACCCUGGUGGGACAACAGCAGAUCUCUGGAAACCUGGACUCACCAGAGGGAGGCUUCGAUGCCAUCAUGCAAGUGGCUGUGUGUGGUGAGCACAUUGGCUGGAGGAAUGUCACCCGUCUGCUGGUGUUCUCCACUGAUGCUGGCUUCCACUUUGCUGGAGACGGGAAACUGGGAGGGAUAGUUCUGCCCAACGAUGGGAAAUGUCACCUGGAGAACGACAUGUACACAAUGAGCCACUACUAUGACUACCCCUCCAUCGCUCACCUGGUUCAGAAACUGAGCGACAACAACAUCCAGACGAUCUUUGCCAUCACAGAGGAGUUCCAGCCUGUUUACAUGGAGUUAAAGAAUCUCAUUCCUAAAUCUGCGGUGGGGACACUCUCUGCCAACUCCAGCAAUGUUAUCAACCUCAUUAUUGAUGCCUACAAUUCUCUUUCCUCAGAGGUGAUUCUGGAGAACAGCAAGCUACCAGAGGGAGUGACCAUAAUGUACCAGUCACGCUGCAAGAACGGAGUGACUGGUGAGGGAGAGAUGGGAAGAAAAUGCUCCAAUAUCUCCAUCGGUGACGAGGUGUUUUUCAUCAUAAGCAUCACAGCUAAGCAGUGUCCUAAAAUGGGCAAACCAGAGACCAUCAAGAUCAAACCCCUAGGGUUCAAUGAGGAGGUGGAGAUCACUCUGAACUUCAUCUGCGAGUGUGACUGUCACAAACAUGGCAUUGAGAACAGUGAGAUCUGCCACAACGGCAACGGGACAUAUGAAUGUGGAGCCUGCAGGUGCAAUGAGGGCCGUAUUGGUAGACAGUGUGAGUGCAGCACCAACGAGGUGACCAGCGAAGACCUGGAUAAGAGCUGCCGUAAAGACAACGGUACAGACAUCUGCAGCAACAACGGAGACUGUGUGUGUGGAACCUGUGAGUGUAAGAAGAGAGAGAACCCAGAGGAACGCUACAGUGGGAAGUUCUGCGAGUGUGACAACUUCAACUGUGACCGCUCCAACAACAAACUCUGUGGAGGACAUGGUCACUGUGAGUGUAGGGUGUGUAUAUGUGAUGCCAACUGGACAGGCAGUGCCUGUGACUGUUCUCUGGACACCACGACCUGCCUGGCUUCCAACAAGCAGAUCUGUAACGGACGAGGCACCUGUGAGUGUGGCACCUGCAAGUGUACUGACCCAAAGUUCCAGGGCCCCAGCUGUGAGAUCUGUCCUACCUGUCCAGGGGUCUGCACAGAACACAAGGAGUGUGUUCAGUGCAGGGCCUUUGGGACGGGGGAGAAGAAGGACACGUGUGAGAGAGACUGUAGCUACUUCAACCUGAUCAAGGUGAAGGACAGGGGCAAGCUGCCUCAGCCAGGACAGGCUUUCCCCCUGAUGCACUGUAAGGAGAGGGAUGCCAACGACUGCUGGUUCUACUACACCUACGCUGUCAACAACAAGACAGAGAAGGAGGUCCAUGUGGUGGAAACACUAGACUGCCCUGCGGGCCCUGACAUCAUCCCCAUCGUAGCUGGCGUGGUGGCGGGCAUUGUGCUGAUAGGCCUGGCUUUGCUUCUCAUCUGGAAGCUGCUGAUGAUCAUCCACGACAGGAGAGAGUUCGCCAAGUUUGAGAAGGAGAAGAUGAAUGCUAAAUGGGACACGCAAGAGAAUCCCAUUUACAAGAGCCCUAUUAAUAAGUUCCAGAAUCCGAACUAUGGACAUAAAGCUGUGGUUCUAUAAGGCGAAAACCCUAUCUACAAGAGUGCUGUUACGACAGUGGUCAACCCCAAAUAUGAAGGCAAAUGAUGGAGCUUGAAAAACACUGUAUGCAAAUAUACUUAUAGCGGAUCGAGGGUGAGAGGGAUAGCGGCAUGGGGGGAUUCAUUGUAUGUAUUUUGUCAUUUCUUCUUUUUGUUGCUUCAGUAUCAUAACAUUACAUUUAGCCAAUACAUUUGGUAUGGUUACUAACAUUUUAUUUUCUAUGCAUUUUCUUAAAAAAAAAAAUGUACAGUUAUGUGUAUAUACUUUUAAGAUUAUUUCAUUUCUUGAAUCACUGUUUGAAAUUAAGGUUUUUGCCACAGGACUGGUAUGGGCAAAGGGUUUUACCUUUCAAAGACAAUAUUUGUACUCCAAAUGGCACCCUAUUCCCUUUAUAGUGCACUACUUUUGACAAGGGCCGAUGGGACUCUGGUAAAAGUAACACUAUAAAUAUAAUAGGAUGCCAUUAGGGAAGCAGAAAUAGACAAUACCCAUAUGGACACAGAGAGCUCUCAUUCUCUACACGGACUUGAUGUUAUUGUGUUAUUGACUGUGUCUAAAUGACACCCUAUUCCCUUUUUAUAGUGCACUACUUUUGACGAUGGCCAAUGGGCUCUGAUCAAAAGUAGUUAACUACUGUAUAUUGGGAAUGGAGUGCCAUUUGGAAUGAAGAAAUCAAGUAUUUGAUACACUGCUGAUUUUGCAGGUUUUCCUACUUACAAAGCAUGUAGAGGUCUGUCAUUUUUAUCAUAGGUACACUUCAACUGUGAGAGACGGAAUCUAAAACAAAAAUCCAGAA